AACAACAUCAACUCCUUUCACUGCAUGUCUAUCCUAGUUAAGGGAACAACAGCAACUCCUUUCACUGUGUUUCUAUCUGGGUUAAAAGAACAGCAUCAACAUCAGUCCUGCUGUAGAAGUAUUAGAAGCAGACACGUAAACACUCUGACCUGCCCAAUGCGCCUUCCCAGGGUUUGGUUUGUCCAUCCUGGUCUGAUCAGGGGUGCACAGAAGGACCAGGGCUGCCGAUACGCUCUGAUCAAUCAUCUAACUGAGAUCAUUUUCCUUGACUUCCUUCAUGUCUGCAGGCUCAGGUAAAAUCAUUUUGAAAAGCCUGGUAUUUCAGGGCCAACAGUCCGUGAGAUGAGACCAUGUUGCUUUUGCAGGCAGAGGUUGAUGCUCAGAGGGCUUCCACCAACGCCCAGCAAAGCAUCAAGCACUUCGAGGAGACCAUGACCCAUUUCCAGAGGCAGAAACUGGAAGAUGUUAAAGUCUGGAUCUGUUCACAUAUCGCUGAGCAGAUACUGCUUCCUUCUUUAAACCCCCUUUCUUCUUUCUCUUUGCAGAACAUUUUCAGAGAGUUCCUCACAGUUGAGAUGCUCUUUCAUGCUAAAGCAUUGGAGGUCUUCUCCCACACGUACCAAAACAUGGAGGCCAUGAAUGCAGAGAAGGACCUGGAGCUCUUCACUGGCAGAAUUAGGAUGCUUGACUCCCAGAUGUGGCCUCUAGAACGCUCCAUCAGCAGCCGCUCGCCUCCCCCAACAGCCCAUUACUCCAGCCUUCCUCUGGGCUCCUGGAGGGGCCGGGCCCUGGACUCCCCAGAGACCUCUGACCACAGCCGCAGACAGCAGCCCAGUCAGCACCAUGGAUCAGUGAGCACACCUCACAUCAACCCAAAACGCCAUGGAGGCAUGGAGGAGGAGGAGCUAGCACAGGAAGAGGAUGAAGAUGAAGAAGAGGAGGAUGAAGAGGAGGAAUCUGGAGCAGAGAUGGAAGAGGAUGAGAACAUCAGGAGGUCCUAUGCUUCGCAGUAUGCCCAAUCAGCCAAGAGGUGAAGCAUCGGCUUUUAACAGGGGCACUGCCCCGUUGUGGAUCUGCGGUGCCUGGGUAUGCCUGGGGCACUGAUUUUUUUAUUGAUUUAUUUAAUUAUGCCUUUUAAAAAAUGAAUGGGGAAAUCUACAGAAUGUAUGUUUACAUUUUUUUUCUUAAAAUAGUCCUAUAGACUACCACUGUAGUUAGAAUUUAAAUCUGACAUAUGCAGAAGGAGUAAUCAGAAUCCACUUCCAGUAACGGCCACUCUGAGCAUGCAGCAGCCCCAGAGUUGCCUUUAACACAGAGCCAGGAGUUUGUCAUAUCUUAUCAUAAAGAAACACAGUGGUCCUAGUAAAGAAUCACUGAUUAUAACAUUGAUUGUACAACCUAAAUGAUAACCAGGUGGGAAACAAAUGAGGCAAGAGAAAAAUCCUCAGGAUAGAUUAGAAGUGAGCGAUGGAUGCAGAAACUAAGCCAUGUAAUGCCAGGUCCGCUCUGGCUCCAACUGUAAGAUCCGCAGUACAGGUGGAUGAGCUGCCAGGCCUCACCAGCUCAACAGACGCUCCUCCAGCCAGGUGAGCGCUCCCACCGCUGAGAGGAGAAAGAGGAGAAACGGCAGCAAGUUUAUAAUUAAUGCUGAUUACCGUUCAAUACAGAAAACAAUGUAUGAAUCCCGUUGGGCAGAAAUUUAAUGAAGAUCAUAAUUAUGAGGAGCAGAAUGGGGCAAGACAGCCUUCACCAUCCGCCAUCAUGUCGGUUGGUUUGGAGAACUCUCCAAAUUAAGCCAGUCACAGCUGAUCGACAGCUUCGCUAAAACGUAGCCGAGACGCUAACUCCAGCUUUCCCAUCCUUCUGGCCAUGAUAUACACACCGUCAUAGGAUCAUCACCAUCACACCGUCAUAGGAUCUUCA